AGUCAAUGAUUUUUUAUUUUGUCCAUUUGAGACACGGAGUAACUUUUUGUUCUCUCAAGGACCUGCAGCUGCAGACUCGACUGACAGGAUGACAUGGCGUCCUCAGUACCGCAGCUCUAAAUUCCGCCACGUGUUUGGAAAGGCUGCCCCCAAGGAGAGCUGCUACGAUGGCGUGCCGAUCACACGCAGCGUGCAGGACAACAACUUCUGUGCCGUCAAUCCUCGGUUCCUCGCCAUCAUCACCGAGUGUGCCGGUGGAGGAGCCUUCCUGGUCCUGUCCGUUAACCAUACAGGUAAAGUGGACCCCCACCACCCCCGAGUGUCGGGCCACAGAGGACACGUGCUGGACGUCAAAUGGAAUCCUUUCAACGACUACUGCAUCGCCUCCUGCUCUGAGGACGCCACGGUGAAAGUGUGGGAGAUCCCUCCCCACGGAGUGCUGAAAAACCUGACUGUGCCGUGGAAGGAGCUGCAGGGUCACAGCCGCAGGGUUGGCCUGAUCGAGUGGCACCCCACAGCCAAUAACAUCCUCUUCAGCACGGCCUACGACUACCAGGUGAUGAUCUGGAACCUGGACUCUCCAGAGCCGGUGAUAAAGAACCCAGUCCAGACCAUCAAACACCACACAGAUGUGGUUCUGUCAAUGUCCUUCAACACGUACGGCAGCCUCCUCGCCACCACCUGCAGGGACAAGAAGGUUCGGCUGAUGGAGGCGCGCUCAGGGAACCUGCUGCAGGAAGGCAACUUCAAGGCCCACAAAGCCAGUAAGGUUCUGAUUCUAGGGAACAUGAAGCUGCUGCUCACAGCCGGCACGUCGCGUUACAACGACCGACAAAUCGCUCUGUGGGACCAGGACGACCUGUCGGAGCCUUUGUUGCAGGAGAACCUGGACGGUUCCUCGGGGGUUCUCUUUCCUUUCUACGACCCCGACACACACAUGCUCUACCUUGCUGGGAAGGGGGAUGGGAACAUCAGAUACUACGAGAUCAGCUCAGAAAAGCCCUUCAUCCACUUCUUAACAGAGUAUCGUUCACAUUCACCUCAGAAAGGAAUGGGUGUCAUGCCAAAAAGAGGCCUCGACGUGAGUUCCUGUGAAGUGUUCAGGUUUUACAAGCUGGUAACCACCAAGAGUCUCAUCGAGCCUCUGUCUAUGAUCGUACCCCGCAGGUCGGAGUCGUAUCAGGAAGACCUCUAUCCGAUGACGGCGAGCAACAGGCCCGCUCUGUCUGCAGAGGAGUGGCUCAGCGGCGUCAGCAAAGGCCCCCUGCUCAUGUCUCUGAGGCCCGGGAGCGAGGCGACGGAGCCUCCGGCAGACACGAAGGGACGGAGUAACUCACUGGGCACGUGCAGGCCUCAGAGCAGACCAGACACGCUGCAGCCCGCCUACAUCCAGGACCAGCUGGAGGCCAAAGACUCGAAAGGAAAGGACGGGCGUCCAGAGGACGACACGAGGUGGACCGCCGUGAGCAACGGGGAGGACGUUGCUCUCUGCUCGAUUCCCAGGACGGAGAACGAGCUCCGCCUGAAGUUCCUGAAGCAGCAGGAGGAGAUCCGGCGGCUGAGGGAGCUCCUCAAUCAGAGGGACGUUCGUGUCAAACAGCUGGAGCUGGAGAUCAAGAACAUCAAGAACUCUCAGAGUCAGAACUCCUUAUGAGACCCCCAC